AUGACUCGCAUACAGGAAUGUUUGCACACCGCAGCUGUUCUCGCUCUGCCAGGUGACACCAGAAUCACUGUCGACCGAAAGGCGCUCACAACCGACGCUGUUGCUUCGCCCGAACCGGAUAAGAAGGAGGAUGCUUCGCUGUGUAUUGGAGAGACUUGCAAGCGUGCACUCGUUGGGGCCCCGUCUUUCUUCCUCGGACUGUUUCCCUGCAUAGCAUGGGUCAGAAGCUACAAGUUACGGACAUUCAUCGUUCCCGACUUCCUCGCUGGGCUUUCGGUAGCGGUGCUUCACGUGCCACAAGGCCUUGUGUCCGCAAUUAUAGCCGGAGUAGAUCCAGUUCUGGGUCUGUACAGUUCACUUUAUCCGGCAGUAAUCUACGCCAUCGUGGGAAGUUCGCCUUAUGUUUCUAUGGGCAUGUUUCCUGUUACAGCACUCAUGACGGGAGUGGUGGUCCAAAAAUACAAAAUCAACUCUGAAAACGGCACGGCCGCUAUUGACAGUGGAGACCAAUUAUACAAUGAACAAUCAAGUACUGGAGUGGCCAUUACACUUACAUUCUUGACUGGCCUUAUUCAGGUAGCCAUGUGGCUGUUUCAGGUGGACCGGGUGGCAGCCGUCAUAUCUCCGGUAAUGGCCGAGGGGUUUCUCACGGGCUGCGCCGUCAUGGUGAUUGUCAGCCAGCUACCAUCUGUCUUCGGAAGCGGUGCCAAAACUAGCAAGGAUCUUUUCGGCACUCCACUGACAAUAUACUACGUGGCGAUUAGUAUUCCAUACAGCAGCUUAGCCACGUCAUUGCUUUCAUUGGUCGCAUUUCUGGUUCUCAUCGUCUCGAAAGGAGUCAUUGCUCGCCAAAUGAGACGGUUCACAGCGGUACCUUUGCCAUCGGACCUAAUUUUGGUCAUUAUUGCAACGGCGGUGUCUCACUUCCUCCAGCUCGACACCAAGCACAACGUAAAAGUGGUUGGGAAUAUUACUUCAGGCUACUCGGUGAAGCUGGUGACACAGAGGCCCGCAGACCGCAACCGUGACGACGUCAAGCACAGCCGUAAGCUGUAUGCCCAGUGGCUGCAGUCCGAUGGACCACAACAGGCAGCUUUGGCUAACUCAAUGCACUCUAUCAAGCACCUGCCAGCGUGCAGUCCCUUCUUCAACCCAAUAGAAGAAGUUUUCUCGAAAUUCAAGUCGCACGUGAAGGCCUACCUAAGCGAACGUCCUGAUUUAGUGCUGGCGACACCGCAAGGUAUGACGAAAAAGGAGCACAGGCGUUCUUUGCUGCUGGACGCAGCUCGGCACUCCAUGCAGCAGAUACAGUUUCCUAAACCAACGCCACCACCUUUCGACCACUGGGUGUCGCUGAUUCCCGACGCAGCAGCCAUCUCCAUCGUGCAAUUUGUGUCAGCAUUUUCAAUAGCUAAACUGUUCGGCCGGAAGCAGCGCCUCAAGGCGGACGCAAGCCAGGAGAUGCUUGCUUACGGAUUGAGCAGCAUAGUCGGUUCUUUCUUCAUGUGCAUACCCACAGGUUCGGCACUCGCCAGAUCUGUUGUUCUCAAAGACGUCGGUGCCAAGACCCAGUUGCCUGGCCUAGUUUCAUGCGCGUUCAUUGCGGUCACGCUGUAUGUUUUCGCGCCAGUGUUCCGGCCGCUGCCAGAGUGUGUCCUGGGCGUGGUGAUAAUUGUAGUACUUCUACCAAUGCUGAUCAAGUUGAAACAUUUGCGGAUGCUUUGGUUCAUCAGCCGAUUUGAUUUCGCCCUGUGGUCGCUGAGCUUCCUGAGUGUGGUUGUCUUGAACGCCUCCUAUGGACUGUUGGUCGGGAUUCUCCUGGGUCUCGUGGUAAUCUUCCUUGAGCUAAGCGGGUAA